CCUCUGUCAAAGCAAGAAAUUUAAUUCGUUUCUGUGGUGUGGUGCAAAAAGCUUAAGACAAAAGUUACUGUCACAUGACAACUUGAUUAACAUUAUUUAUUAAAAAGUACCAAACCAUGAGUGAAACUGCUAGAGAAAAUGCACCCGUGGUUCAUAAUCAAGUUCCAAUCGCGCAAGAUGAAACUAAUCAAUCAGUUAGCGGGGAAAACCAAAAUGGUACCAUACAACAACAGAGACAACCUUCCAGGCUCGAAUCAUUUUUAACAGUGGCCAAAUCCCUUGUCAUAAGAAUGGUUAUUAUUUAUUUUAUUACUUCUUUCUUUAGGGCCCCCAAACCACCUGUCACAAACUUAACUGACAGUCCUGCACCAGUAACGCAGGCAAAAAACAUUUUUAGAGAUGGUAUGCCAUUAAGUUUACACAUUUUUCUAUCUGAAUCUGAAAGAUUAAGUAACUAUUCACACCAUAACUUGUUUUGGUACAAAGAUAUUGUAUAUAGUGACUGGACUGGGGGUGCAAAUAAGGAUGGAAUUUUUGAAAUUGAAAAAGACGUCCUAAUUACUGACACUUUGAGGAACAAUGGAUCUCUUUAUUUGCAUGCAUUUGUUACUAAAAGGGGUUUAAGUCCAGAUCCAAAAGCUAAAAAUUACAACUACAAUGAAAUGAGCGGCGCUGUGAAACAGCUUAAUAGAUUUAAAAAGAUCAAAUCAAGCAAAACAAAGAACCUCCUCACAGGUGAGACAGAAAAUGCAGAAAUUGAUAGUGACAAGAUUGUAUCCCAUUUUCAUUCAAAUUUCACCAUUAAUCUAGUUUGCGAUCAAUCUCUAUGGAAUUAUGGUCAAGUGCCUGCACCUUUGGAUCAGUAUAUAAAAUUUACUGAUGACUUUGCUUAUUAUAAACCAAUUUUGUACCCAAAUGAUUUCUGGAAUAUGGCACGCGACUACAAACCACUUAAUGAUACUCUGAGGUUGAGGUUGACUUAUCAACCAUUGAGUUUGCUUAAAUGGCAACUAUAUGCAGCUCAAGCCAUGCGGAAUACCAUGUUUAAUAUUUGGGGAGAGGCUGAACCUCAGCAGACUGACGAAGAACAAGACACUAUAAAGGAAACUCUUAUGGAUACAAAUCCUUACCUACUCGGAAUUACUUUGGUUAUUUCUUUAUUUCAUUCAGUCUUUGAACUAUUGGCUUUUAAAAAUGAUAUCCAGUUUUGGAAUAACAGAAACUCUCUUGAAGGGUUGUCUGUUAGAUCAGUAUUUUUCAGUGUUUUCCAAAGUCUCAUUGUGUUACUCUAUGUUUUGGAUAAUGAGACCAACAUGCUUAUAAGGAUAUCCUGUUUUGUUGGUCUUUGCAUAGAAUUGUGGAAAAUAUGGAAAGUGGUAGACAUAAAAUUUGAAAAUGGAAGAAUCACAUUCCAUGAUAAAGGUUCUUAUGUUGAAUCGAGUACUAAACAAUAUGAUGAAUUAGCUUUCAAGUACCUGUCUUGGCUAUGUUUUCCUUUACUGGCAGGCUAUAGUGUCUAUGCCCUACUAUACCUUGAGCACAAAGGAUGGUAUUCAUUUGUUUUGGAUUUGCUUUAUGGUUACCUGCUAACUUUUGGAUUUAUAAUGAUGACGCCUCAAUUGUUUAUCAACUACAAACUAAAAUCGGUUGCACAUUUGCCAUGGAGAAUGUUAACUUACAAAUUUCUUAAUACUUUUAUCGACGAUAUGUUCGCGUUUGUUAUAAAAAUGCCUACAAUGUACAGAAUAGGUUGUUUCCGAGAUGACAUAGUGUUUCUGGUGUUUCUCUAUCAGCGUUGGAUUUAUCCUGUAGAUAAAAGCAGAAAAAAUGAGUUUGGCUACUCAGCUGAUCAAGAGGAACAACAAUCUACUGGAAGUGAUCGUCAAGUUGUACCAAAGGAAACCAAAAAGGAGCAAUGAGCUUUAUUAUUUAUUUUAUAUUGAUAUUGCCUUCCUUUGAAAACGUAUUAUUUGUGAUACCGACAUAUAUGCAUGUUAUAUAUAUGCCAAAAUCAAACGAGAGGCGUAAAUAAAAUUAAGUUGUAGGGAAUAUUUGUUGUAAAAAAUCAUAAUUAAACGCAGUUUGUGAGGUUAGAUCCGAAAUGUACCUUAUUUUAAUAUUUGUGCGAGUUUGUACUGAUUAUAUUAAUAAAACUGCGU